AUGUCUAACAUUCCAAUUUCAGUCGAUAACCCCUUCCAUUUGCUAAUCAAUGAAGCCCAGAAUGAACCGGUUAGUAACUGUGAUCCCACAAACAAGGAAAUAGAAUACUCAUUCAAUGAUUUUGAUACUCAGUCUCAACUUCAAAAUCGCUUUGAACUUCACCGGGUGACUCGAAAUGAGCAACAGAAAGAAAAGAUCCUAUCCAAAGACUUUCCUGGUUGGACUCUGGAUGACGUUCUCAAGAGACUAGACGGUCCAGCCAAGGAAGAGGGAUUCGUAGACCCCCGAAACUGCCUUGUCAUCUGGGCUAAGCCCCCAUCCCAUAUCCGCGAUCUGAUAUCCUCUAUUCAGAGUGAAUUGAAAGAGGUUGCUCCUUCACUUUGGGUUAUGCCCCCUGAAUGUCUACAUACUACUGUCUUAGAGGUGGCUCAUUCUUUGACUGAGGGUCAAAUUGAUGAGCUUGUUCGCAUUUUGCUGUCCUCAGAUGUCACUCCGAAACAGAUCUCCGAGUAUGCAACUACUCACAAGACUUGUCUUUUGAAACCCACUGUUAGCUUUGAUUCCUCUGCGCUGGCGCUGAGUUUUGUUCCGGUUGGAGGCGAAGGCGAUUAUACCUAUCAUCAUCUCCGUCGUGAUAUUUUUGAUAUGGUUCGACAAGCUGGUCUUCCUGUGGCAUCGCGCUAUAUUGUUCCUUCCGCCCAUAUCACUAUUGCGCGGUUUAUUAACCAAGAAGGCUUUAUGGAGGAAGGGAAGGUUGAUCACUUGAAAGUGAAGGCGUUCAUUGACAAGAUUGGCAAUAUUAACAAGAAGUUACAAGAGGAAUAUGGGCCUCAUGUUACUCAAGAGAAUAAAGGAGUUGAAUGA